UCACCUCCCGGCGUGACGCACGCAAACAGACGCUCCUAUUUUACGCACGCAGACAGACCCCUCGAGUCGAACGGAUUUAAAAAAAAAAUUCGGAUGUCAAAUUUAUAGAAAUUCUGUUUUAUUUGUUUUUUUACUGUUCCUAAAACAAUUUUAGCUAUUUUACAACUUCUGGAUCUCAACUCAGCAAGCAAAGAAGAUGGCUAACACCACUGAAGACUAUGUGUAUGAUUAUGAUGAGCCAAACAGCACCAUGUGUGACUAUGAAGAGUGGGAACCGUCCUACUCUCUCAUCCCCAUGCUCUACAUGAUCAUCUUCAUGCUGGGCCUCUCGGGCAAUGGCGUGGUCAUCUUCACCGUGUGGCGGGCCCAGUCCAAGCGCCGCGCUGCGGACAUCUACAUCGGCAACCUGGCCAUCGCCGACCUUACCUUCGUGGUGACCCUUCCGCUGUGGGCGGUCUACACGGCGCUGGGAUACCACUGGCCGUUCGGCGAGGCGCUGUGCAAGCUGAGCAGCUACGUGGUGCUGCUCAACAUGUACGCCAGCGUCUUCUGCCUGACGUGCCUGAGCUUCGACCGCUACCUGGCCAUCGUGCACUCGCUGACCAGCUCGCAGCUGCGCACGCGCGGCCACAUGCACGCCUCGCUGGUGGCCAUCUGGCUGCUGUCCGGCUUGCUGGCCGCCCCGACACUGGUCUUCCGCACCACGCGCCAGGAGGGCAACAUCACCACCUGCAUCAUGGACUUCAGCCUGGUGGCCGGCUCGGACGAGCGGGCGAAGGAGCUGUGGAUCGUCGGCCUGGGCCUCUCGUCGUCUGUGCUGGGCUUCCUGCUGCCGCUGCUGGCCAUGAUGGUCUGCUACGGCUUCAUCGGCUGCACGGUGACGCGCCACUUCAACAGCCUGCGCAAGGAGGACAAGCGCAAGCGCCGACUGCUCAAGAUCAUCACCAUGCUGGUGUGGGUCUUCGCCGCCUGCUGGACGCCCUUCCACGUGGUCAAGGGAAUGGACUCGCUCUCCUACCUGGGCCUGGCGCCCUCCUCCUGCACCUUCCUCAGCUUCCUGCUCCUGGCGCACCCCUACUCCACCUGUCUGGCCUACGUCAACAGCUGCCUCAACCCUUUCCUCUACGCCUUCUUUGACCAGCGCUUCCGCUCGCAGUGCCUGUUCCUGCUCAACCUGAAGAAGGCCCUACACUCCAGUCCGGCCAGUUCCCUCUCGUCGCACAAGACCGAGCAGCAGUCGCUGGCCACCAAAGUGUGAGAGAGGAGAGCCAAUGGCGGCCAAAUCAAAUGCCCUACAGGGACUAAGAUGGAGGACUGAAGGGAAGGGUGAGCUAGACUCUGAACACAUAUGGUCAUUGGUCACUUUGUUUGAAGCUUCUGGAGAGUGAGACGAGCGUCAAGGACAGUGGCUCUUUGUUUGUGGGCCUCACUUUUGUGAGACUUUUGUGAGACUUGUGAGAGCUUAGCUGUGGUGGACUAGCGUGAUGCUGUUUGCAUCCAAGGGGGGACCAGGAUCCAUCUCUCAGAGAUGCCAUGCAGACUUUUGUAACUGAGUGAACCCCCCCCACUCACCCCCAAUCUACCCCCACCCUGAUACCAACCCAACCCCUCUAGACCCCCCUCCCCAACUUGACAGCUGCUUUCCAGACGUUUGAGCGCAGAACUGAAUGUAUGUGAGUUAUUCUCUUGGGGGGAAGCUGGGGGGCCUGGCUCAACUCCUGCAGUAUUGAUGAGUGUCUGGCAGGCACCAGGAAGAUCCACUGUCAGAACUAAGAUGGAGUACCUGGAGCGACACAGGAGUGCAUUGGGUGGUCCAACACAGCAAGUGGGGUGGUGGUGUUGCUGUUUGGGUUCUGAUUUUCAUUAGCUUCUCCUGCCAUGUGUUCUUACCAUAGCUUUCACGUGCUAUGCAUUUCACUGUUUGUUGUUUAUAUAUUUAGCAAGCACUUCUUUAUGCAGGGGCAUGAUAGGGUAAAAGUGAAGACCUGGCCUAGUGUGUAAAUACAGGGGGUCAAAGGCAAGAUGGAGGAGAUUGGGUAGGUAAGACGAGAGGAGGUGUUGCAGGCUGAUUAAAGUAUCAGGGGGGCAAUUCAGGGGGGCAAGUGAGACAAGUGCAAAGGGGGAGAGGGAGUGGGGU